ACGAAACUCUUGAUAGAUAAACAUAGAUUCAUUCGUCAAUGUGAGUUUGAAUAUGCUGAUUAACUAAUUGAUCCUUCAACUCGUCUUUUGUUCGUCUUCCGACCCGGCAUAGUCGCAUCCAGCCAGCCCACAAGUCCGUCAUCAAUCUCGCACAAGCACAAACGGCGAUAAAAUUUUUAAGUCCAGCACUUGCGAAUUGAAUUUCCCGGCCCCAUCAUAGCUCUCGGCCGAACCAACUCAACCGUACUGCCAACGCUCCACUUAACACCACUGUUGGCUUUACUGCUAAGAAAGUCACCAGAGUAUAUUUAUACAUAUUGUCCCGACCAACCCAUACAUCUUUUAUCUUGUCCAAUCAGUCAAACAUCACAAUCAAUCUCAUCUUCUCCCCAGCAGAGUUUUGCAAAUUCCUCCAAACAAACAAGCGGUCGUUUCUUGAACAAGUCUCGACCCACCCAACUUCAACGGACGGUCCCGAAACUGCAACCUCGACUAGCUUGGUUGCCACCACCCCAGACCCCGGUCUAAUAUAGUCAUUCCAUCCCAUCCGCAGACCUAGUGACACAUAUUUUUUUUUUGUCUCCUGUACAGCACCAACAACCACCAUGGCACCCCUCAAAGUCCUCGUCAUAGGCGCCGGCGUUGGCGGCACGGCCACGGCAUUCUGGCUCGGAAAGGCGGGCCACGACGUGACGGUCAUCGAACGCGCUCCUGAACUCCGCGCCAAUGGGCAGCAGAUUGAUCUUCGCGGCCAGGGCCUCACAGUCACGCGCCGCAUGGGCCUCCUCGACAUCGUCCGCAGCAAGCGGGUUGAUGAGCAAGGCGUCAUGUUCGUCGACAGCAAGGGUGCGAACAAAGCCUUCUUCGCAAUCAACGACACCGGCAAGGGAGCGCAGGCCUUCACCUCGGAUUAUGAGAUCAUGCGCGGCGACUUGAUCCGGAUCCUUUACGACGCCUCGCUCGAGAGCGGCAACGCCAGAUACAUGUUUGGCACCACAGUCACCUCCUUCUCCCAGGAUAACUCGGACGCCAAGAGCGAGGAUGGCGGCAAGGUCCGCGUCACCUUUAGCGACGGCCGCGAGGAGGAGUACGACCUCGUCGUCGGUGCAGACGGCCAGGGCUCCCGCACGCGGCGUCAGCUCCUCGGCCUCACCCAAGGCCAGCGUGAUCCGACGUCCAAGUUUCUCGGCGUGUACGCCGGCUUCUACUCCCUGCCGCACGACGGCACCCGCCCAAAUAUCGCCUGUGCCUACCACGCCCCGGGUGGCCGGUUGACCUUGACGCGCGUCGACAACCCCAAGACCUUCCAGGUAUACCACAUGAUGCGGGCCGACCACCCGCUGGGCCGCGACUUUGGCACCGCCCUUGCCAAGCGCGACGUCGUGGCGCAAAAGCAGAUCCUGGCCGAGGCCUUCCAGGAUGCUGGCUGGGAGACUAAAAAGCUCACCCACGGCAUGAUCCAUGACAAGCAAGCCGACGACUUCUAUGCCACCGACGUUGCCAGUAUCGUCAGCCCCAUCUGGAACAAAGGCCGCAUCGUGCUGUUGGGCGACGCCGGAUACAGCGCCGCCACCUUUUCCGGCUUCGGAACCUCCAUGGCCCUGAUCGGGGCGUACGUGCUAGCCGGCGAGAUCGCCAAGAACACGACCUUCGACAAGCAGCACCCGAGAAAGUCGCUCGCUGAUGGCGAAAUCAAGGUCAUGAAGGCGCUGCGUGGUUACGAUGACGUUCUCCGGCCGUUCGUGACGAGUUUUCAGAACUCCAUCCCCGGCUGGAUCUGGGCGUUUGCCAUUCCAAAGCCGGCUUGGGCAGUUUGGCUGCUGAGGUUCGUCUUUACCAUGGUUACCGUCCUGAGGAUCGAUAAGCUCUCACAACGUUUCGGUUCGGACGACAAACAAGCCUGGGUUCUUCCCAGCUACCCCGAGGUGGACGCCUUGGUCAAGUCGUCAUAAGCCAUCUGGGCCAUGCUCGCUUCUUGCUUUGGCGUUCUGGUGUUUAUUUCGAUGAUGCGACUGCUGCUUGGUGAAAGUUUGACGAGCGUUUCUUUUUUUUUUCUUUUUUCUUUGCUUGUUUUGUUCUUCCCUCUCCCACAGUUCUGUUGGCGACUAAUCAUGUACGAGAAGCAUGAAAUGAGAUUAAGCCCCGCUCAGUAAAAAUAUACUACCUUAUAAAUACAGCUAGACGCUUUCCAAGUGCCC